AAAAACACUGAACAACUGUGAAUUUGGGGAGUACUUGUGUCUGCGCGGUUAUGCUUCGUGGAUCUAUGUUAAUCCAAGACACUCCACACGGGCAGAGACUGAGCUCCACCGGGACAUCUGCGCGCUCGGAGCAUCCUGCAGCCCUGUUCGGGACACUCCACACUCAAGCGCCCCGACUUCAUGCAAGCUCCGGAUCAGAUGGGAAUGAAUAAAUAAACCCGCUGGAGACAUUUUCCGAGUGGAGAUUUUUGUGCCCGACAUCUGGGCCUCGGUUUACGAGCAGUGUGUGCGCUUCAGACCCACCAGCAUGUCGUACACACAGAGGAGACCAUAGCCCAAACCAGCAGGCUUCUCAAACAUGACAAGGUGCUCCAAGGCCUUGUUAGUGAAAUGAUGGGAGGCAGUGAGACAGUCAGUGGGGACCAGGAUGGGCUCCACAACACUGCCGUACACGUGCCCAUCGGCUGGCAGCGCCGGGUGGAGGGCGCCCGGGUCCUCUACAUCAGUCCCAGUGGUACUUCCCUGUUCUCUCUGGACGAGGUGAAAACCUACCUGCUGACUGAUGGCACCUGCAAAUGUGGCUUGGAGUGCCCACUUGUUCUCCACAAGGUAUUUAACUUUGCUUUGGGGGUGAAGGUGGAGCAGUGCAGCCAGCCUGUGGGUAAAGUGGAGCAGGACAUGACCAAACUGUGUAACCACCGGAGGAAAGUGGUGGCCAUGGCUGCUCUGUGCCGGAGCAUGCAGGCCUCCCAGCUGCCCUUCUCCUCCCUGCACCACCCCGAGGUCACCAGUGGUGUGGACAGCUGCCAUCCAAAGAGGCCUCACGGGGAGCGAGGAGAAGACCACCCCAAACUCCCGUUGGUCCCAGGACGAGCUCACAACACCUGUGUCAGCCCCCCAUCACCGCGGCGCUUCAUCUACCCCCAGAACGGCUCGUCUCCUGUCCUGCACAGCUCCAACCACCACCCUUUAGACUCCAUCAGAAGACUCCACCACCCCCCUCCCCUGCCCCCCUGCUCCGCCGCUAACCAGUCCUUCUCUGGCUACAGGUCCCCGCACACUCCCACCCCACAUGGCCCAUGUCCAGGGCAAAGAACACCCAAGACCCCAGACACGCCCGGCUCCCCUCGCUUUGGCCCUCUCUCCUCUCCACCUCCAUCCUCUCCCAUGACUUUAGCUGGAACUCGGGCACAGACCCAUCACCCACACGGCUCUCCUCUGUCCAGCCCCCCCUCUCAUCUCUCUGUGUCUCCUCAACAGCGCUCCAGGCACCCCUCCGCCUCCCCCUCCCCAGCCUCAGAGCACGGAGAGGCAGGAGGGAGGAGGAAGUCCACGUCCUCCUCUCCUCACUCCCCUCUGCCCUGUUCUUCUCCCAAUACAAACACACACUUCCCCAAGUACAAACUAGAAGACCUUUUGGAGCAAUUCAAACACUCAGGCAGUGCUAAUAACCACCACCUCCCCUUCCCCAUCAGCCCCUCUGUCCUGAGCAGCCAAAGCCACCAGCCUCUGCCCCAGAAGCCCCCACACCCUCGUGUCCCCUGCCCCUCUGGGUUCGGCCUGAGCUCUGGUCCCUCAAACUCACACAUGCCCUUUGCAAACCACCACAGUCACAGCAGACCCCACCAGUCUCCUUUCCCUGCCAGCAGCCUGCUCUCGGCGGCUGCCAAAGCCCAGAUAGUCAAUCAGAUAACCCAGGGACAAGCACCCAAUGCGGGCAGCCCCUCUGUGAGCGUGGACUCUUCUCUGGAGGGUGUGAAAGAGUCUCAGCAGCAGCACAAGUCGAAGGUAACAAACAGCACUUUACAUAACAGCCACGCUCCCCUCCCCUCCACGGCCUGCCCCGGGCCUCCUCACCCCUCUCUCCUCCACCCCUCCCACCCUCUUGCACAGUCCCACAGUGAGCGUGGAGCCUCCCACAGGAAGCGCCAGAGGAGGUCCCCCACGGUGCUGAGCGCAGUGCGGGGAGCUCAGCCACUGGUGAACGGGCCCAGGAGCGGUGCGUCAGAGUCCUGUCCCACUGCCAUCAACCUGUCCACUCCUCGUCUCUCCUCUACCUCAGCGCUCCUCAGCCACCACCUCCCUCUGGAGAAGCAGCUCCGGCUCCCCGCUCCUCGCCUGGCAGCCCUCUCCAGGACUAAAGGGCAAACAGAGGCGCUGGACUUCACUACAGGCUCUCCUCUGGCCCUAGAGCCUCCGACACAACCCCUGUCCGCUCUGCUCCACCUGCUCAGUGUCCAGAAUGCACAGAAUGCCUCUGCAUCUGCUGACGCUAAUGGAGACACUAAACCAAUGAACAAAGCCCCUAUCUUUCCCAGCACUUACACAAAACAGACCAGCGACACUAACCCUGCCCUCUUUCACCCUCAGCCUGUGCUCUCAGAGUCCAGCCCCCCACAGAGACUGUCUCCUACUGCACAGUCUUCUCCUAUGACAUCAUCAGCUCCCUCCUUCUCCCAGACUCAUUUGCAGGAGUCCUCACCUCACAGUUCUGUAGCGAACUCUGCUCCAGCAGAGAUGAGCCAGUGUCAGGGCAGUGGGACCACGCCUGGCUCCCCCAAACCGCUGGACCUGAGCACCCACGUGUUGGCCUUGCUCGCCCAGGCCCAGGCCGACCCCACCCUCACUCCACAUGUGAUGUCUUCCCAAGAAAACCACGCCUCAGGUUCAGAGGAACCUGUGUGCUUGGACCCAAAGGAGUCUCCAGUGCCCAAGCCCACAGCCAGCCCCGCACCCCCUGCGCCUGCCCUGGCCCUGGCCGCCACUGUGGGUGACUCUGCCCCGUCUCCUUUGGCUGAGGCUUUUCCCUUCAUGAACCAGGAGCAGCUCCUGCAGUUGCUCUCCAGUGGGAGCCUGCCCUCUCUGCUGGACCCCACUGUGUUGGCCUCUCUACCCCUGGGAGGCCUGUGGCUCGGUGGGCAGCAGGGAACCCCCCCACACCCUCCACAGGCCCUGGCAGGUCUGUCUGAGCAGCCGGAGCCUUUACUGAUCCAGUCUCAGGACCAACACAAGCAGAUGAACCCUCUGUUCCCUCUGCUGCCCCUGCUGAGCGCCGCUCAGGGGGAGUUGCCCUUCAACCUUCUGGGGCUGGUCAACCCCAUCCCACCGGCCGCCAGCCCCACCUCUAUCCCGGGGCAGGACGGGGACUUGAGCCUGUCUGAAAAGCCUGGACUGCAGGCUCUGCUCAUGGCCUCUCUGCUGCUGGGGCAGCCUCUGUCUGGUGUGGGGCAGGUGAGCCUGGAGGUGCCCCUUCAGCAGCCCGCUUUGGACAGUCUGUCUCUGGACAAAGGCCCUGGUCUCAUGGACGCCUCGGCCCUGUCUGGGACCGGCCUCCUGGAGCUGCCCCAGGGCCUGCUCCCUCUCUCAGCUGGGUCAGAGGGCCAGUUGCUCCUCCCUCCCCCCACCACCUUCCUGCCUCUUAGCCCCGCCCUCCUCACUGCUGCCCUGAGCUCCGCCGAGCUCCACCCGCCUCCCAACCCUCAGUUAGGUCCUGCACAACAAACCCAACAAACCCCGCCUCAGGCUGAAGGUGUGGACACGCUCAUCCCUCUUCCUCUUCAGAGCAAAGACAGCCCCCUCCUCCAGCAACUCCUGCCCACUUUACUCAACACGGCCGUGUUAGGAGACCUCUCCAACAUGGCAGGGCUCCAGAACAUGAUGGGGCUGGGGGCAGGCUCUAUCCUCUUACCUCCAGUACAGGCCUCUGCUCUGGGCAUGCCUCUGCUGCAGGGCCCUGAUGGAACCAUCAACCUCCUGAACAACUUACAGCUGAGUAUUGCCACAUCUUCAGAGGAGGAGAAGCCCGUCUCUAUGGAAACAGAAAGCCCCGUCCCACAAGGAGACAUUCCAGCCAAUGAGAUGGCCCCUGACGCCCAGCCUCCCGAGGUCCCCUCUCCUCCCCCUGAGCCCCCUGUAGUCCCCCCCAAAGCAGCAGGGCCCAAGCCUGUGAUCGACCCGUACACCUCCUUCAUGGACACUAUUUACACCUCUUUCCUGCAGGUCAGUGCGAGAGAGCAGGAGGAAGGGGCCCGUUUGGGGCCAUCUGACCCCACCUCACCCUUCUGUGCCUUACCUCCGGUGUCCUUUCCUCUGGAGACACUGUCCUCCCCAGCACCCCCUCUGUCUCAGGCCAGCGCCCCCGUGUCUCUCAGCCCGCGCAGGGCCUGUUCUCUGAGGAACCCGGACUUGUCCCGCCUCAGCCUGGAGCCGGCCGCACACUCCCCCGCUCAGGGCACCCCCAGACCCACAGAGGACGGGCCUGUGUCUCUGCUGCACAGGAAAAACAUGCCCCCUAUCUACCUGGAGGAGGCCCAGACGGACUGCACCAGGCCCGCGGCCAUGUGCCCAUACACGGACACAGGGGAGAGGAAGAGACUGCUGCCCCCACCAGGGUACCUCAGUCCUGGAGACUCCUGCAGAGAGGACACCACAGGGACCAUGCUGCUGGACCAACACACAAGUGAGGCAGUUGGAGGUUUGGCUGAAGCCAGACGAGGACGCAAACGCAAACAACUCCUUCAUAACGUGCUGGAGGACUUCAGAGAGCUGGACACGGCCGCUCUGGAGGAAGCAAAGGACACGACGGCCCUUCUGAAGUCCGAUAGGUCAGUCCGAGGCCGGAGGAGACGAGGCACCCGGUCCCAGAGGCAGUGAUUGGUCACUCCACCUCCUUAUCCCCCCGCUCACGUCUCCUUUUCCCCCCCGCCCGCCUACUCCUCCUUUUCCCCCCCCUUCCCCCUCCUCCACAAUCACCACUUUUUGAACUGCACUAGUAACUGUGUCAUGCCAACCGCUGUCACUGCAACCACUCUGAGCAAAAAGAGACGAGUUAGGUAGGUCUUAGUAUGAAACGGUGUGAAAAACGAAGGAUUCUCUGAGGUGUAGAGGAGCAAUGGAUAGUGGUGUAGGUCAGUUGGGUUUUGGUGGUUAGUUUUACGCAAGAGGAUCACUGCCAACAGAGAAGAAGUCAUUAUACUCUUUAAUACAUAAUAAUGAUAAGUUACAGAUCUCAAGAUUUUUAUCAUGUUUUCUUCAAGUCUGCAUUAAUAUUGUCCUGAUACUAAGGAAUAGGCUCAAUACUGAUUCCGAUACCACAAUGAUGAUAAAAAAACACUCCUUAGUAGGGCUGGGUAUCAUUCAGAAGUUGCCGAUACGAUACAUACCUCGAUACAGUGAUCUUACGAUUCGAUACGAUGCAAUACAAUAUAUUUCAGAUCGAUUCAAUACGGUUCAAUAAAAAAUAUAAAUAAAGUUAAAUCGUGGCUGUGAUACUAAAAGUCUUUGUUAAACCACUUCUUGCGCAAAGUUCAUAUGAAACACAAACAUGUUAAUCCUCAAAACAGUGAAAAUGUCAAAUGUGUUUCAUAAACGAGUUCGAACAAGCAACAAAACGGUAGCACUGUAACAAAAUAAUUUAGUAAAAUAUACCAAAAAAUACUCUUUGCGAUGCAUCGAUAAAGCAGCCCACGAUAUCGAUACUGUAUCAUUACAUAAAACGAUGUGAUGUAACGAUAUUUCAGUAUUUUUGCACACUCCUUAUUUAGACAUUAAAAGUCGUAAUCCAUUCAGUUUUCCAGGUAGGUUCCAUAGUGGCCCAUGGGUGUAUAAUAAUCUGUGUGCUCUUAUACUUGUUCUGAUACAGCUCAAGAUCUUUAUCAGUGAGUAUCUAAUUCCGAUCCUAGGUUAAGUAUCGAGUAAUAUCUGAUUUUCGAUACUUUUCACAAUCCUAUACUGCAGUGACCAACAGGAAUUAUUUUAAGUAAUCACCUGUUAAAAUAACUACUGAUUAGCGCUGCAUUAUUAAAUGAAAAAAAAAAAAAAAGUUUCUACAUUUUUAUCUGGUUAAAAAUGUAUGUACAAUAAAAGUAAUCAUUAGACUAGUCAACUAAUUGAAAAAAGUAUCGCAGACUAUUAAAGAUGACUCCUAAAAUUGUGUUUAGUUACGGCCCUGUUUUAUUCAAGUUAAGGUGUUUUGGGUCAGUGUGAUAUCAAAAACAGAUUUUCUUUUUUUCCUAGUAGAAAAAAAGAUGAAGUGCGACUUGUUGGAGCUUUCUACCAUGUUAUAACUUUUCCUCAUCAAAAACAUGCCUGAAGCGCGUUUAGAUGUCAUCCGUGCAUGUUUGAGUAAUCUAGAGAUCUCUCCUGGGCCUUACUCAAACCCUCCUUACGGUUCGCAGUAUGAUUUUGUACAAAAUUCCACCCAAAUAAACAGAUUUUCACCUUUUUCCUGGUAGAAAAAAAAGAUGAAGUGCAACUUUUUGGAGCUUUCUACAAUGUUAUAACGUUUCUUCAUCAAACACGCGCUUGAAGAGUGUUUAGAUAUCAUCCAUGCAUGUUUGAGUAAUCUAGAGAUCUCUCCUGAGUAAUACUCAAAACGUCCUUACGUUUUGCAAUACGAUUUUGUACAAAGCUUCAUCCACAAGCCUACGUCACGCAUGCUCCUGUGCUCAAUACACAAACAAGCAUGCUGAUUAUGUUUGACAGCGCUCUGAAGGGGAACCGACUUAAGUUACUAAUAUUUUGAUGAAUAUGGCAUUUUCAAAACAACAAAAGAUAACAUGGUGAUUUAAAUAUGCGAUGCGUCAGCUCUUAAUUCCCUGUAUAAGUGUCACACUCCUGUAAAUAUGGUAGUCUAUGAGUAUAAGUCGCACCAGCCAAAAAAAAUGCAUAAUUUAGAAAAAAAACCUAUGUAAGUUGCGAAAAACACCCGCAGACACACUCAUCACUCCACGCUGACGAGGAACUGAACGGAGGAACGAACCGAAAAAGCGAGUGCAAUGUGCCACUUCUAGACACAACUGAACAACUGAGUCACUGCGAACACGCCGACAAUCCAACGGUCCCAGACAGCACCCUCCCUACACGCCACAACUGAACAAAGCCCAGAGUCACCGUGAACGCACCAAACAAAGUUCCACUCACCCAUCCAACUGUUGUGUUUUAUUUAAAGUGAAAAAAGUUUGAAAAUAGACCAUUCUAUAACAGUGCACCUUAUAAUCCAGAGCAUCUAAUAGUGUGGAAAAUGGGGUAACUUUUUUGUUUUCUUUAUUGCAGUUCGAGUCUCCUCCGCUUUUCGCCGGUCCCUCAAGUUUCUCGCUCACGCCAAACCAUGAAAAAAAGUGCCACUUAUAGUCCAAAAAAAACUUCUGCCCAUUUUGGUCUUAAAUGUUCGUACUAACCCGCUCUACGUGAUCCUGGUGUUUUUAUUUCACUAUUUUGAACAUAAAUACAUUUCUAUUCCACUUUUUGUAUACAGUCCCCACCUUUUAGCAAUAUCUUCUAAAAUAUUGGAUUUAGAUGAAAAGAACUUGCUCUAAUUUCAGAGCAAACCAUUCAAACCUGGCACAUUUGAGUGAUACCAACUCUCCUUUAUUAUUUAACACAAAGGAUAACACUUCUUUGCACUUCCUUCUCCGUUGGCAGCCAUUUUCUCGCGUGGCGUUGUGUCAAACCAGUACUGUUUUAGUAGUGUUACUGUGAGUUAGGACGGCGCCCUGUACUUGAACAAACCUGUGUGCGAGAUGUGUGUGUGUGUUUGUGUGCGUGUGUGUAAAUGUCAGAACACGACCAUCGGACCCAUUCACCCAGAGCUGAGAUUUUGUACUGUUCAAAUAAGGUUUACAGCAUGAAAACAGUUACUCCAUUUUGUUUUUUCACUAAUUUGAGAAAAUAUAUGAAGAUGUAAUCACGUUAACAAUUUUCAGGACAUCUUAAUUAAUUCUUAAGUUUUCUUGAAUAAUUUGGCAUGUGGUUGGUAAAGCUAAAAAUCCAGCUCAUAGUUUUUGUCGUUUUUUUGUUGGUGUCAUGCGUAGUUAAAGCUACACUAUGUAACAUUUCUGCUCAGUAUCCACCGUUUGCUCUUCUUCAUAAAAUGUUAUUGCUUCAUUUUUGUGGGAGAUGAAUCACAAUUUGAAUGGAUGCAAUUAGCAAAUCUCCAAGGCAGCAGUUUUUAGUGCCAUAAUUUCCUCCCCAAACAGAAAAUUCUCAUUAUUCUGCAUAAAAAACUGCCAACCCCGUAGUUUAGAUCUGUACAAAAAUGAGCUGAAAUGUGAUUCUUGUUUUAGUUUCCAGUUCAUAUUUCAGUCUCUGUCAAUUCUUCCGGACGUGGUUUUUCUUCAUGUUAUUAAAACCUAAAUCACAAUGCAUUAAAAAUAAAACCUCCAGAGACAGAAAAGUUGCGUAGUGUACCUUUUAAACAGACACGAUUGAUGAUACAUAAAAAUAAAUAAAUAAAUAACGGCAAUCGUUUUUUUAUGACACAUCUCUGGUGCUACUAUCUGGUCAUUUUAAAGUGCAUACGUUAGGUUUUUCUUUUUGUUUUUCUAAUCAUGUCAUCUUAGUUUGCUGGAAUCGAGGCUGUGGUCAAUAUUUGUCAUAGUUUUACAUCAGUUAAAUGGAAAUUUGUGGGAAAAUACUUUCAAUGAAGUACAAAAUUACAGGAAGUAGUGCUGAGUUCUAAUCAUGGACUGUAAAUGGACUUAAACCUCUAGGCGCUGCAUUCCAAAUAAAAUUUCUAGGACUGUGACAAAAAUCAAAAUCAAUAAAUAGAUUGCAGUCUCCAUGAUAAGAUCUGUGCUUUUUAAUCGACAGUCAGUCGUGUGGCAGUGAGGGCGCGUGGAGCUGACGAGGAUUUAUGCUCUUGUUUAGGAAAAAGUCCCAGAGUCACAGUGUUUCCCUUUGUCUUGUGUUCACAAGUUUUGACUCAAAUCUGGACAAUGUGACCAAAACUCCAGUGUCUCUCCCUCUGAUUCUGUGUGUCUGUGUGUAUGAGUCUUGUGUGUGUCUGUGUAUGAGUCUUGUGUGUGCGUCUUGUGUGUGUGUGUCUGUGUAUGAGUCUUGUGUGUGUGUGUCUGUGUAUGAGUCUUGUGUGUGCGUGUCUGUGUAUGAGUCUUGUGUGUGCGUGUCUGUGUAUGAGUCUUGUGUGUGUGUCGUGUGUGCGUGUCUGUGUGUGUGUCUGUGUGAGUAUUGCGCGUGCCUGUGUGCGUGUGCGUGCGUCUGUGCCUCUGUGGGUUUGUGUGUGCGUCUGUGAGUGUGUGUCUUUGUGUCUGCGUGUGCCUCUGUGUGUGUGCGUUUGUGUGUGUGUGUGCGUCUGCGUGUGGAGUUGUCUGACCUGCUCCCCCUUUGUCUCUGAUCCAGCCGCAGCUCGUCACCUUUUCUCCUCUUUCUUCCCUCUGCUGUUUCCCAUUUAUUUUUCUAAUCCAAGUUGCAGAUUAAUUAGUAAACUAUUAUUUUCUCACUUUAGACACAACGAAAUCCAGGCAAAUCCAAAGAAGUAAAAGACACACGAGGAAAAGUAGAGUUAAAAGACCUUUAUUGAAAUGUACAAAACUGUGACUGUUCUUCAUCAGGACUGUUUAAGGCGUCAUUUACCGCACAGACAUCUCACAUUUUUCUGUCGCCAAUGGUAACGUUCUUAUGCAUUUAGACUUUAAUAUAUUGUACAUAUUAAUUCCAAAGUUUCCAUGUAUAUGUCACUGUAAUUAUCAGUCCUAGCAACACGAAAUAAAAACUAUAGUGAUCCUGA